AUGGCCCACGUACUCGGUAGAAAGAGGGCCCUCGUGAUGGGUCGCGGAUAUUCAUUAUCCUGGUUGGCUAAAUCGACAGUCCGGUCCCAGGCCUCCUACGCCACCAGGCCCACGGCCAGGACCCAUCAGUCCGGGCCCCCCACCGCCUCCAACCCCUCCGCCUGGGAGGACACGACUGCCAGCGUCACUGGUAGCUAG